GGUAGGUCUUAAUAUGUUCAAAAUAAAUCUCAAAAAUUGUUUUUUGUUAAAAAACUAGUUGUAAAUUAAUUUGCAUAUAAAAUGUUAGUUCGAAUAAAAUUACCAUAUUUAACAUGUGAUAAGAAUCCGACAACAGUUAAUCGCACAUUCUGCAGUUGAGGUGUUUUUUUGGUAUUUGUAGUGAGGUGGUUGAUUAUAAUGAUAAGGCGUUGAAUACUGCAUCGAAAAGGUAAAUUAAUGCGGAUAAAUUCCGCGCUAUUUCAAACGAAAGGGAGAGCAUGACCUACAUUUCAAAAUACUUGUUAUAAAGUACAGUUAGUUAUAACACUAGUGUGAUCAGAAUACCAAAUUCUCUCCAUAUAAGAAACAAUGAAUUAUAUUCAACUCGCAUUCUCGUUCUUCAUUACUGUGAUUAUCGUGUUUGGAAGUUUGCUCAAUGUUUUUGAGGAUUAUUUGCCUAUAGUUUUUGUACAAGCCUUCCGCUAUGGCAAAUUUGAAGUCAAAGGCAGAACAAAAUCAAAAUUGGUCCAAGAAUUACCAAAAAGCUACUUCAGGCAUUUCUACAGAUUGGCUCUGAUAAUUCAAACAUAUGUGUUCUAUUUGGUAGUCAGUGUAUAUCUAUUUAAUGCGGAAUUGCCCAAUUGGAUUGAAGAUCUUUUAAAUUUGUCUUGUGGGAAUGAUCGAACUGCACACACAAAUGCCACAAAAGUGUUUGUGGCAACAGUCUUAUUUACACUGCAAGUAUACAGGAGAUUUUAUGACACCCAUUUUGUAUCAAUAUUUGGGAAAAACAGUAAAAUUAAUUUAGGGCAAUAUAUUCUAGGAAUUGUGCAUUAUCCAUUUUCAGAUAUUGCUAUAUUAUGUGAGGCACCAAAAUUUGCACUUUCAGGUAAAAGGUCAAACAAAAAAAAAAAAAUAAAAAAUUCAAAAUACAUAAUUUUUAUUUCAGAUUUAGAAUACAGUAAAGUGAAUUUGUUGGAGCUGAAUGGAAUAGAAAUUUUAUCAGUUAUUAUGUUCCUUUGGGCUUGGUCGCACCAACAUGUUUGUACUAAAAUAUUAGCAAAUUUAAGGAAGAAUAAAAGAGGUGAUGUUGUUACUGAUGAUCAUAAAUUACCACAAGGUGAUUGGUUUAAAUAUUUAUCUUGUCCUCAUCAGACUGCUGAGAUUUUAAUGUAUUUAUCCCUCACAAUAAUUUUAAGACACAACAUAACAUGGUUCUUUGUAUUUGGAUGGGUCCUAAGUAAUCAGGUUGAAACAAUUUUGUUAAGUCAUUGGUGGUAUCAAUCACAUUUUGAUAAGUUCCCAAGGGAAAGAAAAGCUUUGAUACCUUUUAUUUAUUAAUGAUAUGAAACCAAGAUAACUUGCCAGUAAAAUAUAUUUUCAUAUUUGUAAUAUAUUUGCACAAUAAAGAAAGUCUGACAAACCUA